AUGUUUCGAAAAAUCGUCCAAGCCGCGCGUUCUAUGGACCUGGGAGAUCUUGUGCCUGCAGACAGAGAGGAGCAAGGCUAUCCGCCAAAUGAGGACUCGGCAGGUCAAGAGAAUAGCAGCAACGGGAAACGACUCACUAUAACCAAGACUGAUCACGAGGCGCUAAUUCCGCCAAAUGACAAGCUUCUCGCAUUUCGCUCCCUGACGGGCAUAGACACGGUGCCUGCGCUGUCAAGCACCGGUCAUGCCAGGCGAGCAGCACCAAAUAUCGGCCUGUAUUUUCGGGUGGUCGAAGCAGAGCAAAAGGCAGCCAAGAGCUAUAAAAUCUUCCAUAUCAUCAUAAACUUUUGCCUCGGAGCGCAAAUUAUCGUUGGCGCCUCAUUAACGGCAAUCGGAGCUGCUGAUGGCUCUCGUCAUGCGGUUACUGGACUCGGCGCCAUGGGCACAAUCAUGGCAGGGAUAUUGACUUACCUCAAAGGAUCUGGCCUGCCUGAUCGGUUCAAAAUCCAAGAGAACCAAUGGAGAGAGCUUCGUGAGCAUAUUGAGCAGCGCGAACGAGAGCUUUGUCUAAUAGACUGCACACUUGACGCCCAAGAGGAGGUGUUCAUUAUUGAAGACAUGUAUAACCAAGCCAAGGCUGAUCUGGAGGCAAAAGGUCCCGGCAUUCGAUCUCGGUUUGGAGGGAACUAUCAGUCUGUGCAAAAAUCGCGAAGCAGCCCGAUUAGGUCCAUCGUGCAUAAGGCGGCUACCAGAGUAGCCCAAUCUACAGAUGAGAUCGCCACACCGCCACCAGCAGCGGUGAAAGGUUGA